UUUCAGUGCUUGGCCCGCAACCGUAUCGCGUUGCCCCGAACUUUGAUUCCUCCGCGCGAUCAAGUCGCGUGGAUUAAAAGAGGGACGAUCGACGUCGAAUUAAAGAGAUCACUGAGAUCAUUCUGAUGUGACAAUAUUUUUAAUAAUUAUAAUUUUCGACAUAAUUAUAAUUUUCGUAAUAAAACGUCCGUGAAAUUGAUGGAUUAUGGUUCGCGGUAUUUCUUCAUAAAAGCGGCGUCAACGAUCUCGAUUCGCUGUAAUCGUUUCCGCAUGUGAGGUGACGCGAACGAGGGUGAGGGUGAGGUGACCAUUAUGCCAAUGAUCGGCGUGAUCCCGCGGGUGCUUUUCGAAGGACCGCGAAUGGAAAGUGAUCGUUUGUAUCGGACGGUGGUGGUAAGGUCGCUGUCAGACGCAGAUCGGCGCGCGUGAAUUAGAUUAGAGAAAUGAGUGCGAAGUGAAAAAUGGUCCCGUUCCACGGCAUGGCCCUCCUGCUCCUGGGAAUCGGAUACCUGUUACACGCGGAACCACUUUACGGCGAACGCGGCAUCGCGUUUUUGCAUCUCAACAACGAUACAUUUGGAAAGGGGGAAAAAUCGCAGCGCGGCACAAGGAAGACACAUUUUUUCAAAGAUACGCCGCAAAAAUUAACGGUGGCCAUAGGUCAGGCCGCCGUGCUGUUAUGUCGCGUUAAGAAUUUAGGAAACAGAACUGUGUCUUGGAUCCGAAAAAGAGACCUACACAUCUUGACGUCUAUGUCCACGACUUACACGAGCGACGCGAGAUUUACGGUAGUCAGAAAUCCGGAAACCGACGACUGGAAUCUGCAAAUAGAUUACGUGCAACCGCGGGACGCCGGCAUUUACGAGUGUCAGGUUAAUACGGAACCGAAGAUAUAUAGAGCCGUGGCUCUGAAGGUUUUGGAUAUACAGGCGAGGAUCACGGGUCCCCAGGAACUAUACAUCAAGAAAGGUAGCACUAUCAGCUUGACCUGUAUCAUAGAACUGCAGGAUUUGCCCCCGAGCAACGUGACUUGGUACCAUGCCGGUGCGGUGAUCGAUUUCGAUGGUCCAAGGGGUGGCGUAUCGCUGGAGACCGAGAAGGGUAAACGGGGCACCACUAGCAAGCUCCUAAUAACGCGCGCUCAAUUUAACGAUAGCGGUAAUUAUACAUGCGCUUCGAGCAAAGUCACCCCGGCAAGCGUCAUGGUGCACGUACUAAACGGGGAGCAUCCCGCUGCGAUGCAACAUGGCGGCACCGGCGAUGUAAAUAGACGGCUCGUUCUGCUUGUCCUGAUUUUCCUCGUCGAUACAAUGUUUCGGUGAAUCGAUCUUGGUGUCAUCGAGAUCUCCUGAAAACAAGUUACUCCUGAAUUAGCAUUUCUUAAAAUACAUUUCCUGAAAAUGAGAUGCGAGAAUAAUCAAUCAAAUAGCGUAUAAUUUACAGUAAGGUCGAAAUUUUUUUUUUGGACGACGCGCAAAGUUAUCAAAGUAUGUGUUAAUUAACGCUAAUUUAGUAUCAUCUACAUUCGUUUGAAAGGAUCUCAAAGGAUUUCCGAUCUCUAAAAUGCGAGAUUUACUCAACGAUCCUGAAAUUAAACUCUUUGAAUUCAUCGCUCAAAUAUCUUUAUCCGAAGUGUCAGUACGAAUGUAACAUGUGUGUAAUAUAAUAAACUUUUUGGA